GCUCUCGCCGCGCGCUAUCAACAGAUUGGCCAGCCAUGUCGUCGUCCGAUUGUCCCUCAGGGAAAGGUUUUGCCUGGGAAAAUUUAGUAGUCACGUUUUCUCUUUCAACGCUCCCACCUCUGUCCAUUACCUCAAAACCCCCAUUGCUCUGUCUGUUUCUUUUCCAGACCUUCAAUGACUAUCAAUGCCCACAAAAUCUCUGGUCGAAAUUUGCCAAGGCAUAAUCGGUAAACAUCUGGAUGCACUGUACGAGUUGGGUGAUACUCCUUUCAGGCUAAUGGAGGCUCCAUUGAAACGAGCCACAGCACAACAACUCUAUCGCAUCGAAAAGUGUAAUCCGCAUAUCACGGAAGAAACUCAAGAUCUUUGGAUACCACACUGCCUAAGCUUUCGAGAUAUUCGAAUAGCUUACGAAGCUGGCAAUGUAUCACAUGAUACAAAUUGGCGAGAAAUGUACUUAGAUCGCCAUGAAGAAAAUCAACGCAAACGCCAGUUGAUUGGAGCUAAAAUUAAAAGCCAUUAUAACCAAAUUCAGAACGAAAAGGAAUUCUAAUUAUAAUUCCAAACGAACGAGAGGAAACAGCCUGUUUGCAAAAACGAUGCAUGCAGCUAGGCAAGAGGCAGCAAUAUACCACUCCCAUGAUAGUCGACGGUCUACUCUCAAUCCACCGCGCCAUACCAAUACAACACCAACCGUCAUUCGUAUAGACAAAGUACCCAGUGCUCUCCAAAAGUCGUACUCAGUACUCUCUCACAAAGAGCCUAUAAAACUGAAGCCUCCAUCUAUACUGAAACCACCACCACCAAUGAACAUCUCACAACGAAAUGUAUU